AAGAUUACCCACUGGUACUUACUAGACUUCAAUUCAAUACUUACCAUUACGCAGUCUUGCCAUAGUCGCUCAUACUGCCUUGAUACAGUCUAAUCGGAUGACAGUGCGAACCGUCACCGUCAGCACCCUCAAGACAUUGAAAAAUUCAGUUAUCGGUAAUCCCGCAGCCAAGUUAGACCUUGCUCAGGAUACAGCGUUCAUUCAUUUGCUUGUCAACUGCCUCAAGCACCCUCCAACGUCCUAUGCUGAUACGCGAGGGUCUCAUGAUGACAUUCGUAUCGAAGCUGCCCAUGUAAUCGCGUCCAUCUCCUAUGGUUCGGAGAUCGCUCUAGUUAGCCUACUCCACGCAAAUGCUCUUCAUGCCUUCCUCUUUGCACUCUCAAAUCUGAGACCCGACGAUGCUGUGCAACUAAAACCUGCGUUAGCCCGGGGUUUGCGAGUGUUGUCCACGGCCAUUGCUGAAGUCGUUGGUCCAUCCCAACUUGGUCUUCGAACGUGGAGCCCCGAUCUGCGCAGUGAAGCCAAGGCAGCCCUGAGUUAUCUCUUCGAGUUUGAUUGUUUGAAUAUAUUUCUCCCGCUCCUGGCCGACCCCUCAUCACAAACAAACAUCGCUAUCGCACAAUUUAUCAGUACAACCGUCCGCUCUGAAGCUCACCGGAACGUUGUCGUAGAAUGGCUACCUCCUGCUGAACGCUCCAAAGAGAGUAAGGGCAGACGCGGCUGGGAAAAAAAAGAAUUGGUAACUUCCAGUUCACCAGCUAGACGAGGUGGAUGGGUAGUGCGACUUCUGGUCAACUUCCUUCAAAAGAAGGACAUAAAGUUACAAGAAGCUGCGCUUGGCGCAAUAUCAUCCUUAGCGAUGGAAAACACUGUAGUGGCAACCACGCUCACAAGGGCCUGGCCUGACGCAGUCGACACCCCCUUGAACAUUAUAUUAAAUUUGAUGAAAAGUAGAUCGACUGAUGUGCAACUUGCUGCAUCUCUGUGUGCUGCCCACGUCCUUCGAGCCACUGCAAGUCACCAUCCAGGAUCAAUAGAUUACUCUGCCGCUCUGAACGUGAUCCAUGUGGUUAACCGUGUGCUCUCUUGUCCAUCCGAAACUGCACAGAACAAGAUUAAAACAUGCUAUACUCUCUAUCAUUUGGUGAAAGACGAUCAAGAUCUGUGUCGAGAAGUAUAUGAACGUGGAACAUUGGAAAAGGUAGUUCUAUUGGCCAAGCACAUCACCCCGCCCAAAAAGACGUCAGAAUGGGAAGAAGACGAGCCCGAGAGCACUCUUGCCCUCAGAGAAGCGACGUUGACCGUGAUUGCCGCGAUUUCGCUCUUCGACAAUAACAUUCGCCGGGAAGUUGCAGAUGAUCUCCAGCUCGUCCCCACGAUACAAGCGUCCUUGUCACACAAGAACGUUGGUAUUCGCCACGCAGCAUGCACGUGCCUACGUGCGCUCAGUCGCGCGGUGUCUAUCAUGCGCACGAAUAUCAUGGACAGUGCUGUAGGAAUGGAGAUCUUUGCAAUUUUUAUGAAGGAGGACGAGGAUCCAAGAGUGACGUAUGCGGCUUUGAAUGCUAUUUGCAACUUGGUGAUCAAUUGCUCGCCGCUAAAGCCGAAACUAUUGGACCAAGGGCUCCUUCCGCGGCUGAUGCAACUUUUUUCUUCUGACGACCUCAACAUGAGGGUCAGUAUUUUGUGGACAAUGCGGAAUACCCUCGACAAAAGUAAUCUCGGCAUAAAGCAGACUGUGAUGACACAUCUAGGCUGGCCCCGGCUCGUCACGCUGUACAACGAUUCCAGUCCCGAAAUUCAAGAACAAGUCAUGGCUAUUCUCUGUAACCUUGCAGACGAAGAAGGAGUGGACUACGUAUUUGAAUCUAUCGAUACGGAGACUCUCGCCAACUGUAUCACUUUCGGUCUAGAAAGCUCCAAUGAGCAUGUCACCCGUCAUACUGCUUGUUUUGCGGCGAACAUCGCAAACGGGUCGCGAGAACAACAAGACUCCGUCUUCGCGCACGCACACGUUAUCCACGCCAUGCACGAUUGCAUGACCGACGCCAAAUCCGACACGCGCCGUCCCCUGGUCUCCUGCAUCUUCUCUCUCGUCCAGUCCAACAUGCGCUGGAAGCACGAACUCACCGAAGCAGGGAUCAUCUCGACGCUGCGGCACAUAUGCGAGUGGACGGCGGGCGUCAGCGUGAGUAUGAGCCCUGGGGGACGCCACCCUCGGAUACACACGAAUGACGACAAGGAGGCGGCGAGAUUAGCGCGGGGGGUCUUGGAUCUAUUAGAGCAUAGUAAUAUUGGAGAUCUACUGUAGCAGAUGCGUAAUUUACAAUGAUGCAGCUUCUGGCAUGUUAUCUGCAACUCUUGC